AUGAGGAUCGCGACUACGAAUGAUAUGUCUCCAUUGAAGGCGAUUUUUGGAAUGAAAACUAAGUAUAGAAGUGAAGAUCAAGAAAAUAAAAUAGAAUACGUAAAGGUCAGACAUCAGACACUCCGAGAUAAUGAAAAGGAUACUGUAGAUCAAAGAGACAUGAGUAUACUUGCGAACCUCUAUAGGAAGCCACUUCACUUAAGCUCUAAAUUUAGAGACGCCCUACUACAAGCACACGAUGUGGUCGCACGUGAGGUGUACGGCGAAGAGUCGCUACGCGCUUCUCCGCCUCCGGUCAACGGCAGAGCUCAGCCGCCGGCGGAAGAAGAGGACGAAACUGAACCAGAGUUCGAAAACGUGACCAGAGUACGCCUCGUUCAGUUCCAGAAGAACACCGAUGAACCAAUGGGUAUAACAUUAAAACUAGCUGACGACGGUCGAUGCAUCGUGGCACGCAUUAUGCACGGUGGCAUGAUACACAGGCAGGCUACCCUGCACGUGGGUGAUGAGAUCAAGGAAAUAAAUGGGACACCAGUGGCUAAUCAGUCUGUUGCACAACUUCAAAGGAUGCUGCGAGAAGCUCGCGGUUCAGUAACCUUCAAAAUUGUACCAUCCUAUCGUUCGGCGCCACCUCCGUGCGAGCUAUUCCGGAUAAAGCCUUCGCCCGUGCUAAUAUUUGUAAGGGCACAAUUUGACUACGAUCCUUUGGAAGAUGAAUUGAUACCCUGUGCACAAGCAGGGAUCGCUUUCAAUACGGGAGAUAUAUUACAGAUUAUUAGUAAAGAUGACGCUCAUUGGUGGCAAGCCAGAAAAGACGCUUCGGGAGGCUCUGCUGGUCUUAUUCCAAGCCCAGAACUACAAGAAUGGAGAGCAGCUUGCGCUGCAGCCGAACGAUCUAACACUGACCAAGGAGCUGAAGGCUGCGUGUCUCAUACCGAUGGAUGCGAAAAUACAGUCAAUUGUUCGAUAUUCGGACGAAAGAAGAAACAAGCCAAAGACAAAUAUCUUGCGAAACACAAUGCCGUGUUCGAUCAGCUCGACGUUGUAACUUACGAAGAAGUCGUUAAACUGCCGUCAUUCCAAAGAAAAACAAUCGUUCUUUUGGGCGCACAUGGUGUUGGUCGCCGUCAUAUCAAGAAUACGCUCAUAGCGCGUCAUCCCGACCAGUACGCCUAUCCCAUACCGCAUACAACUAGACCUCCUCGUACAGAUGAAGAAAACGGCAGACACUACUACUUCGUGACACACGACGAAAUGAUGGCCGAUAUCGCUGCUAACGAAUAUUUAGAAUACGGAACUCACGAAGACGCAAUGUACGGAACGAAACUGGAGACAAUUCGCCGCAUCCACUCGGAACGUCGUAUCGCCAUACUAGACGUGGAGCCUCAGGCGCUCAAAAUCCUUCGCACUGCGGAAUUCGCACCCUACGUAGUCUUUGUAGCCGCACCGUCUCUAAACAACGUCACCGAUUACGACGGAUCCCUAGAAGUACUAGCCCGGGAAUCCGAUCAACUUCGCCGGACAUACGGUCACUACUUCGAUAUGUCGAUAGUAAACAACGAUAUCGACGACACACUUGCGCAAUUAGAAGCGGCUCUAGCGCGCAUGCGCUCCUCACCACAGUGGGUGCCCGUGUCCUGGGUGUAUUGA